CUCCACCUUGGGUCCCGGGGCAACGUCACUGCCCCAAACUGCGCCCCGGCAGGCCCGUCAGCACCCACCACUGCCGGUGCAUAAAGCGACUCUCCAAAACACCAACAUGCCGGCUAAUGCCCGCAAAGGCCAUCGACACCAAAAUGGCGACAAGGAAAGCAGAGGCAAGAUCACUGUCGGACAUUAACUACCUCGCUGCCAACCCUCCUCAGUAUCCAUACCGUCCCGAGAUCAAGGAGUCCCUGACGCUUUACAUCUCGAGAGUGCCUGGUACCCACGAUAUAAUACUUUCCACGUUUAGGCCCCACAAAAAGAAUGUGACCGGGGAGGACAUUACGAAUUCCCUCUAUUAUGUCCACCUGGAUUCACCCGAGGAUGGCCUCCUCGCCGUGCCGCACCGCUUUGAGGAUGCAACCUCACCUCGAUCCAGCAGUGAAAGCCUACGGAGCGUGAUCCCGAGGAAGCCGUUACCCGCAACCUCCAAGGUUCCGCAACAGGAUCACCCGGUGCCGGGAGACCGCGCACCGUCAGUGGUAACGACACAAAAGCCCACGGAAUCCGGGGCGCCUGCCCCCGGACCCAACACGUUUGCUCUUAGUCCUACUACUCCGCAAGCAGAAGGCAUAGUCGAGGGUUAUCGGGAGAAUCCCAUGUUUCGGAAACGCCGUUCAGGAGUUCCAUCAGAGGCGAACACGCCAUCACUAGCUCCACCCUCUCUGCCGUUAGCGGGCCCUAUACGGCGAAAGGAGUUGUCAUCAGAAUCUACAGUCAACCGUGCCGUCGACAUUCAUAAUCACCAAGAACCUAAGCCGUAUCCAGAGCGCCCUGCAACCCCAAUCCAAGCCGCACAACGGAGUGUCCAGCCGGCCACCCCACCAACAUCCCACCUGCAUCCCGACCGAACGCCAUCACCCUUGAAAGCAGCUCGUCGCACAGCAUCCUCAACCUUCUCCCUCACCAUUAUCCGACGGGAUCCCACGUCAGGAAGUCAAUGCAACGUUGGCAAAGUCUCGUCAUUCGAAACCAACGUGCCCACGCCGGACAGAGCCGACCCGAGCCUCGACCCAGAGAACAUGGGCAUUCCUCAUGUUCGAAAGAUCAAUAUCCAUAUCGAAACUUCAGGCUAUGCCAAAUUCCGUGACAUGCCAAGCAGGGCGAGCGUUGACGCCUACCGACCCACAACCGGACUUUCCUUCACACAGCAGGUAGCACGCGAGAGCGGGACAGAACUGGGUCGAGAAAGAGCAACUUCCCUCCGGCCGCACCCAAGUCCCUUGCGCGACCACCAUCUAGCCAACGACAGCUUCACUCGACAGGUGGUCAUGUCGUACGCGCAGAGCUGGAAGACCAACCUCAAAAAGGCAUUCCACAUCCGCGACCGCCCGAGCACCCCCGAAAAAGCCGGAAGCAUAUCACCGGUAGACCUAACCCUACCCAGGCCCCACCACACCCGCCAAGGCAGCGCCUCAACCAUCAACUCAACCGAUUCCGACGGCUCGCCGACAGUAAUCACCCAACCCGGCCCGGGUCUCAAGCCCAAAGGCUACGUCUUCUUCAGCCCGUGGGACGGACGGUGCGAGUUCCGGACCAGCACCAACGGGCGGAGUCUCAAGUGCCGGCAUGUGCUUGGCCCGGCAAACGCGAAAAUAGAUGCCCGCGAUCUGGCACAUAAUCUCCGCGAUGCCCAGGCCAUGGGUCGGUCACGGGGUGACGAGUUGUCGGCGGCUAUGGUGGGGGCGAAGCCGGUUAGUGAAUUGAGGUUUAAUAUCCCUGGACGGCGGUCAGGGUCCGGGUCGUCUGCGGCGGGGGGUAAUUCAGAUGGUGGUGGUGGGCAGGGUAGGAGAAGGGGACACCUGUCGGAGCAGUUUGGGAGGUUGUUGCAUCGCGAGUCGCAUAGUAGUGAUGAGGAAGAGGAUGAUGGCGUUGGGUAUGAUGAGGAUAUGCCUAUGGAUCUGAGUUUGGGGAGGGAACAUGCUGGCGGGGGGAAUAAUGGGAAGAGGGCGAAGCUUGGGAAGCUGAUUAUCCAUGAUGAGGGGUUGAAGAUGCUGGAUCUGGUCGUAGCUGCCAAUAUUGGUGUUUGGUGGGUCACAUGGGGCCGAACAUUUUGAAUUUCGAUGACUAGAUGCGUUGCCUAGAUAGAUAGAUACCUAUCUACGUAGACCCGGUGAGUGCAAACUCAGAGUGGGAGUGGCAGGUUGACAGACAGCAUCAUCUCUU